AUUAAAUAUGAACUACAUUCUCCUAAAUAUUGAGGAAGUGGUUUGACAGACCGUCGGAUUUCAGCGCUCGCGCCGCAGCUGCAGCGUGCAUCUGGGAUAUGAUUAUUCUACAGACUCGAUUAAAGCCAAACUUCUUCUACUGAGGAAAUUAGAGAGAAAAUUCCUCCUCUGAACGAGACAAGGAGGAAACGGCAGCCAAGGCGGAGGAUUUGAACUCGUCGUGGUGGUGGUUUUAUUUUUCUUCCAGCUUACUGACCCGGCUGUCCUGAGGAGAAAAGGCUGUCAGCUGCAUCUGUCCACGGAGAGCCGCAGGUGCUCAACGCAGAACUAUCCAACCCUCCUGUCCUGUUCAUGGCAAAGAUGAACUGGGCUGCUGGUACACAGUGUGUAGCCAAGGGAGACCACAGGAAACCCAAACCUGGAGAAUUAGCGUACCACAAAGGAGAUAUUCUCACUAUUGUUGACACGAGCACGAGGAAGGGAUUUUACCAAGCCAGACACAACACCACAGGAGAGGAGGGACUCAUCAGCUCCACUAAUGUUCGUGAAAGAGAAGCCCUACGUGUCGACCCCAGCCUCAGCCUCAUGCCUUGGUUCCAUGGGAAGAUAUCUGGUCCGGAGGCGGUGGGUAAGCUGCAGCCAGCUGAGGACGGCCUGUUCCUGGUGCGAGAGUCUAUCCGCCAUCCAGGCGACUACGUCCUGUGUGUCAGUGUCUCUGGAGAGGUGAUCCACUACAGAGUAAUAUAUCAGGACAACAAGCUGACCAUCGACAACACACAGUAUUUCUACAACCUCAUUGACAUGAUAGAGUUCUACUCAAACAACAAAGGCUCUAUUGCAACAACUCUUCUGAAGCCCAAACAGAAACAAGGAGCCAAGUCAGCUGAGUUAGAGCUGUCUAAAACUGGAUGGCUGCUCGACAUCACAAAGCUCACACUGGGAGAGAAUAUUGGAGAGGGGGAGUUUGGUGCUGUGUACGAGGGAGAGUACAUGGGCCAGAAGGUGGCAGUAAAGACCAUUAAAUGUGACGUCACAGCUCAGGCCUUCCUGCAGGAGACUGCGGUUAUGACGAAACUCCAGCAUAAAAACUUGGUGCGGUUGUUGGGCGUCAUUCUUCACAAAGGGCUUCAUAUUGUCACAGAGCUCAUGAGUAAGGGAAACCUUGUUAACUUUCUCCGGACAAGGGGACGUUCAGUCAUAAACUCAGUUCAGCUGCUCCGUUUUGCACUUGAUGUGUGCGAAGGGAUGGAGUACCUGGAGUCUAAGAAGCUGGUUCACAGAGACUUGGCAGCUCGGAACGUCCUGGUCUCUGACGACAGUGUGGCCAAGGUCAGCGACUUUGGAUUGACCAAGGUGGACUCCAAGGUGUCAGAUAACAUCAAACUUCCAGUCAAAUGGACCGCACCUGAAGCUCUGAAGAAAGAGAAAUUCUCCACAAAGUCAGAUGUCUGGAGUUAUGGUGUUCUUCUGUGGGAGAUCUUCUCAUAUGGUCGUCUACCUUACCCCAAGAUGUCUCUGAAGGAGGUGAAGGAGAAAGUGGAGGAGGGUUAUCGCAUGGAGGCUCCAGACGACUGUCCUCCCGGCAUUUACUCCCUAAUGAAGAUUUGCUGGGAGCAGGAGCCACGCAGAAGACCUGCUUUCCACAAACUAAGGGAGAAACUGGAGCGAGAGAUGGGCAAACACAGCCCAGACCCUGGGUCAGGGCGUCGGGAUGGGAUCAGGUCUGGAUCUGGAUGCUGAUCUUGGUUGUAAAUCUUGAACUCACAAUGGUGGAAACAGAGUGGCAGGCUCUUGGACAGCUAAUCCACACAUUGUUGCCCCUGUGAUGGUGUGCAUCACAUGAAGACAAACCAGCAGGGUAAAUGUUCUUAAAUACUGAACAGUCCGACUGGAUUCCUGUAACCUAGCGGAUAGGACAAGACAGGGAUUCUAGUCAUCAGUGAGAAAAGGUUUGGAGCCCUGAACCACCUUUGAGCAAAGCAGAAAUGGGUGAAUCACGGCAUGGCAUGGGCAUUUUAAUUCUGAUACUGAAAUAUCUCGACAACUGUUGGAAGGAUUGACAUGAAACUGUGUACAGACAUUCAUGGUCCUCACAGGAUAAAUCCUGCUGACUGUGGUGAUCUCCUGCCUUUCCAGGUGCCAUCAACAGGUUGACACCUGAAAUGUCACCACAGAUAUUCAAUGUAUUGCCAUGAAAUUUGGUGCACACAUUCCUGCCCCCUUCGUGAUUAGUUUUUAUUACAGUGGUAAACUUUUUUUUAAACCUUAUGCUAUCAUUUCACCAAAUUUUCACUUCGUCCAAUUCAUUGGUUUAUGAUCUGCAAAAUUUCAGCCUCAGCUGUACUCUCUGUUUAUUGCUAAUUAGCAAAUGUUAGCAUAAUAACAUACUAAACUAUGAUGCUGAAGAUGACUAACAACAUACCUACUUAUAUCAGUAUGUCACUGUUGUCAUUGUGAGCAUGUUAGCAUGCUGAUAUUAGCAUGCAGCUCAAAGCACCACUGUACCGCAGUACAACAGAGGUGAUAGCUAGCUGUAGAGUGCUUCUGAGGCCUUUAUUUACCUGAGUUGAUCUCAAGGACAUCGUCCUGCUGCUGUAAAUACUCACUAAAGCAAAAUGUGUAUUGAUCCCUGCAAGAAAAUAGUCCCUAAAAAAUGCACUAUUUACUCCUGUGUGAGUAAUGUUCAUAAACAAACUACGGAUGUUAUAGGAACUUAUUUAUGCCUUUGUUAACAAUGAAAUUAUAUAUUUGUGACUCCAUUUUUAAAGAUUUAUGUCUUCAAGAAGAACAAAUGUUUUUGAGGCUGAGAGUUACAGAUAGACUCGAGAAGCCAGAAAAUCUUUACAUGGCGUUUUUUGACAGUAACAAAAAUAUAGAGUAUCACCAGUCUUAUCCUUAAACAAUAUUGUAAAGCAUGAUGAUGAAUACAGCAUAGUGCCAUAAUGUUUCGGACACACUGUACAUUGAUUUUGAAUCACCUGAAUGUUAUUUCAUGUGUUUGAAUGUCAGUUCAGUCAGUCAGGUAAGAGCAACUGAGAUUUAGUCUGUUUAUUGCCACGAGAGUACCACACCUGUAUGAUGAAAAAUCUACUGUUGCAGAUGUACAGUAAACAGAUUAUUUUUUAAGUAAUGUCGGGGACAGAUGUUUUAAAAAGAUUAAACAUUUGUAGGAAAGAAAAUGGAUGGAGAGAAAUGAGCAAAGAGGAAAAAUGUUUAUCCUGGAUUUAAUCACAGAUCACGAAAAUCUGGUUGUAUCCCAGCAUUAAAGUGCAGCAAUAUGCCAUGGACUCAGGGCUUAAUGUGAAAAAUAUUUAAUGUUAUUUCUGCUAUACAGUAAGUAAAGAAUUUCACUUACAGGUUUUUAAAAAUGUUCAGUAUUUUGCUCAUGUGCAGGGAAGAUUAGGAGAAAAUUAAUUUUGGGGGGAAACUAAGCCAAAUACUAUUUUUGUCACUUUGUCCACCAUGCUCCAGUGGUCAGCAUACUUGGGGCAGACUUUGAUUCAAUUCACUCAUAUUUGAUUCAAUUCAUUCAAAUUUAAUUUGUUUCAUGAGACAAAAUCUAAGGGAAAUACAGUAUUUAUUACUACUUUCCCUUUCCUCCCUAUCAGGAUUUUGAGAUUAUAGGAGCGACUUUGUGUUAUCUGCUAUCCUCUUCAAUCCUCUCUUGGGAUCUCUUGGGCUUUUUGCAGGUACAGAAUGUUUUGUGCUUUCUUAAUCUUGAAAAAAAAAACUUUUUGGACUGCAAUUGUUUAUUUUACAUAUUACUUAUUUUUACAUGUUACUUAUUCUAUUUAUUAGGCUACUUGUGUCACUCAUUUCCCAAUGUGUCAUUGUCAGUUGCUUCUUAAUAGAAAUGCAGCAGACUGAUACAUGUUUCAAGUUCAAAACUCAUCACAAAUGAAGCCUCUUUUUUUGGGAUGAUUGUCACGUCACAAGACCAAAUUAAAGAUGUUAUUUGAUUUAAAUCUACGUAAGCCUGGUAUUUGUCUCUGUCCCAGGAGACAGACCCCAAAUUGAGGCUUGAUCCUCUGUUUCUUGUUAUCAUACAGUGUGAGCGAGGGUCCUCCACGAUUUGUUCAAUCUGCUGUGUUUUCUUUAAGCUCUCUAAUGGGAUGAGCAGCAAUUUUCUGCAAAAGGAUUUUUAAAGGAAGCAAAUGUUAAAAAAAAAGAUAAUAAAAGAUUUGCUGUCUUGGA